AUGCGAAAGCACGAGGAACAUCCCUUCGAGGACUGCUCCAAGGUGGAGGUCCUUUGCAAGAAGUUUGAUCACGCAUUGUUCGCCUUUGGCUCCACGUCCAAAAAGAGGCCAUCAAGAUUAAUCCUGGGACGUCUAUUUGAUGGAGCCUUGUUGGACAUGCAGGAGAGAUCUGGGCAUGUGGGCACAGGUCAAUCUGGGUCACAACAUACGCACUCUGAAAUUUUGAUACAACUUGUUUUCGAAUCGCAGUCCCUGCCGCUGCUUCAAAAAUUAAUUAGCAUUCAGUCAUAUUCAAUCAUUGUAUUAUUGUGA